AUGUCUCCCGACGCUAUCCAGACUACUCUUCCGAUCUCAGGCUCAGCCAACGACCCCUCAGAUCUUCUUUCGUCGAGCGCCCCUUCCGAAACCCCAGACAAGAAGGCAGAUAACCAGGCCAUGCCUUCCCAAACCAAGCCUCGCAGAUUCCUUCCCCAGCCUAUUGAGGAGACCACUCGCUCCUCUCACAAAAAGAAGGUGGAGCCCCAAGAACUGAUCUCGGUUUCAGAAUCUUCCAAUCAAGACCGACAGCGUACGUCGCCUUUAUCAACCACGCCAGCGUCGGAAUCUUCCCAAAAUCAAGACUCGACUAAACCAAGACGCUUCAAGCCUGAACCUGUUGAGACAUCUACUCGCACCUCACGGAGGAAAUUUGCCCCUGAGCCCAUCGAGACAAGCACAAGGAAGAGUAAAGAUAAACCCAAGCCACAGGUGGAAGGCAGCUCAGCCAAACCCCGUCCUAGAUUCACACCUGAACCGAUUGAGACCACCACAAGGAGCAGUAAGGAGAAGAAGUCUUCCGCACCUGAAGACGAUCCUGAGACAACUCCUCGUCCCAGACGGAGAUUUGCUCCCGAGCCGAUAGAAACCACCUCUACAUCACGGCGGCGUCGACGGAAGACUGACACCCAAGACUCGGAUGAAGAAGUCGGCGGUCCAGCUUCGGAACUCUCGACAACUUCUAGUAGAGCAUCUUCGGGACCCCGCAAGUUCUCUCCAGAGUUGCUAGAGACAGCCAAGGGUUCUUAUCGGCGUGUCCACAAUCCGUCCCCGACUUCACAGAGCCCCCCAUCUCCUCAGGACGAUUCCUCCUCUGGAGAGGAAGAGGUAGAUGAAGUGGCUGACUUGGAGCAAUCUAAAUUCUCAGCAGCUGCCUUGGCUCGGAAACACCCCGAGAUCACUCGUCAACAUUCAUUCGUUGUCCCUGAUUUGCCCAUGAUAGAGUCCACGACUGAAGAUGAAAGCUCUGAUACUCCAUCUCUGAGCGAUUCACCAUCAUCACUAGACGUCGACAAUAGAAAGAAUACAAAUCACCCUGACCCUACGGAGAGUUACGCCGACUAUGUCCUUCGCCUGGCUGCAGAUACGGUGACGGAGAAAGAAUUGCAAGAACAGGCCAUGGCCGCCUACAUCAAUGAAAGGCCACAUGAACCGGUUGAUCAUUUCGCAAUAUCCCACGACGAUGAUGAAGAUGGACCCUUACCUGUGCCUAUGUUUCACGGUGAGAAGGGUGUCGAUGUCAGAACUUUCCGCCGCUCUUCCGCAGCGGAACUUGACCUCGAAAUGGCCAACAUGCGUAAGCAUCAUGAACAGCUUGAACAAGCGAAACGCGACCUGAAAGCAGACACUGCUGGCCAAAGUCGGUUCAGUGCAGCAGCUUUGGCCACCCGACAUGCCAUGGAAGCAAAGGGCGUCAAAAAGGCCAAAAAGCCACGACCAGAGGAAGAUUCCGAACUCGCAAAAAUGCGAGCAGCUGCCUCACCUCCAAUGCUGGGAUCAGAUCUUGUCUUCCCUUACACAAUAUCACCCAAAAUGACUCGUUGUGAUCCUGAUCAGAUCCCGAGACCGCGAAAUGCAGAUAGCGACGAUGAAGUUUCAAGCCCGCAGUCUCCUCAUCUGUGGAAAACGGAUUCUCGACCUGAAAACAAUGCGGGCGUAGGUCUGUGGAUGGGUUUAUGUCAGGCGUCGCAAAGUCGACCUGCACAACCUCAAACUGGAUUGUUAAGUGGUCUCCAGACUCCUGCUCCACAAACGCCAGCAGUGGAGAGAAAUAAUCCGUUCGAGGUGUCUCUUGCCAUAAGAGGAAGUCAGACACCCGGCCGAGGGAACCAGACUCCUGGUCGGAGGAAGCAAUUAGCAUUCCUACCAUUGACUCCUCCUCGCAGCCAGGAUGGAGAUGAUGUGUUUACUAGCACCAUCGACCGAAAAUUGCACCUGGAGAAGCAAAUCGAAGAUGAAUUCCCCGCUCGAGUCAUUACCCAGAUCUACAACUAUUUGAGCCUUGGAUAUCCUAGUCUUGCGCAUAUGUUUGACGAGGAAUUAAGCAAGAUCAGUCGGAUACCAAUCGACGAGCUCCGGCGGGACGAUUACAAUGUUGACGCCAAAGGUUAUGUUGGUGCGCCUGAAGGCGACGGAGCAGACGAAAGUGAAGUUGUCGGCAAGUGUAAAAGAUGGGAAGCCUUGAGACUCUAUGUCCGAGAAUGGGCUCGUCAAAGUCCCAACUUUGCUGAUGCGCGGGCUGGUCCUGUUGGUGCAAAGGAGGACUGGGGUGCAAGAGCCAGAAAAGGCAGCUGGGGACAUUAG